AUGGCGUCGCUUCGUGGAGAGGAUCAAGUCUACGCAACGCUUUUGUUGAACGACACAUACCUACCAGGCGCAUUGGUUCUUGCUCACUCUCUCCGCGAUGCCGGCACUUCCAAACAGCUGGCGGUCCUGGUCACGCUCGAUACCGUUUCGGCUGAGGUCAUCACUGAACUCAAGGCUGUCUACGAUCAUGUCAUCCCCGUCCCGCGCAUACGCAACGCUCGACCCGCGAACCUAUACCUGAUGAACCGGCCCGACUUGCAUUCGGCAUUCACCAAAGUUAAUCUUUGGAGGCAGACUCAAUUCUCCAAAAUUGUCUACAUUGAUGCCGAUGUAGUUGCCUACAGAGCUCCUGAUGAGCUGUUCGACAUCGCCGCUCCCUUUUCCGCCGCGCCUGAUAUCGGAUGGCCGGACCUUUUCAAUACUGGUGUCAUGGUUUUAACUCCCAACAUGGGAGACUACUAUGCUCUCAUGGCAAUGGCCGAGAGAGGCAUCUCAUUCGAUGGAGCCGAUCAGGGUCUCCUUAAUAUGCACUUCAAGAACACGUACAACCGCAUCAGCUUCACGUACAACGUGACACCCUCGGCGCAUUAUCAAUACGUGCCUGCCUAUCGACACUUUCAGUCGAGUAUCAACAUGGUACAUUUCAUUGGCCCUGACAAACCCUGGUUUCAAGGUCGGCAGGCAAGCCAAGGAGACUCGCCGUUUGAAGACAUGAUUGGGAGAUGGUGGGCAGUCUAUGACCGACACUACAGAGUUGCCGAAACAGCACCUGCUCCUGCACUUCAACAACAGAAGUAUCAGGAUAAAACUUCGCAGCAUCAACAGCGGGAACAUCAGAUCCCUGAGAUUGUACAGUACUUUACUAAAGGAGAAUUUCAGCCGCAGCCGCAGGCUGCGCGAGCCGCAUUAACGGGUGAGCACCUUUAUAUAGAGCUAAUUAAUAAUUAUUAUGGCUCUCCCCACCACGAUGCCCAUGGACCCGAUUCUUCUCAGCCGCAUCACCAUAACGAACCGCCAUAUCGCGACCGUGAUCAGAAAUCCCAGCCUGAGAUUGCGUAUCAGGCUGGCCAAUCCUUUCCCCCUCCCAGCGAGUCGUUUAGUGGUUUUGCUGGAACGCAGGCUGAGGCUCGAUCAGAGCAGAUUUCAGCACCUCAGGGGCGGGGUCCAACACCGCCACCCGUGGAACAGACGCGAGAGCCAAGCCCUCCUCCUCCAGCAUGGGAUGCUCAGAGACAACCACCACCAGCAGACUCGAGGCCCGAGGCGCUCAAUUUCCCCUCGCAGACCUACGAGAUGUCUCAAGACCCCGCUCCGUUUGUGCCCCCCGAACGAUAUCCUAGCCCCCCAAGAAAUAUGUGGUACGAAGUUCCGAAGCAAAAGCCAACGCAGAAGCCUCGACCUCUCUUCCCCUGGGAAGUCAAUCAACCCAAGCCGACCAGAACCUUUACCGCAGAUCUGGCCGAGCCGGAAGCAGGAGAGUCUUUGAGCACACCGACUGGUGAGCAAGCGGCAUCGCCCAUAUCCCAGGCUCCUGCUGAGCCAUCUCUCACAGGAUCAUCGACGACUGGUCAAAAGGGCGAGCCCAGCACCCCGUCCACCCCGACCAUCAAAGUCAGCCCAUCGAAUCCUUGGACCACUUUCACGCGUACAAAUGCCUGGGACGAAGUGCCCGAGAUCGAGCGCUACGUCGAGGGUCUUCAAAAGCAUCGCCGGGGAAAGAGCCAAGGUUCGGUGGGUCUUGCUGAUGAGAAGGCGGCGAAGGAGCACGGCCUCAAGCUCACCGACUUCCCAAGUGUUGUCGAACGACCUAGUCUUCCAGUCACUCCCGCACCAAUUCGUCGACCGAAGUUCUGGGGUGGUGGCCCCGGGGCUGGCGAUGGUGAUAACGAGGAGGAGCUGCCGGUCGCCUACGGCGUGCCGCCGCAGUCGGACUGGGACCCUUCAGCACAGCUUCAAAAACUGGCUAAACAGCAGUCAGAAGCUUUGCUGAAGAAGCUUGGUGGUAGCGAAGGUGGUCAUGAGGGUGUGAGUCGCGAGAUCCCAACACGUUCCCUGCCGUUUGGUUCGGAGGGUGCCGUUUCACCUACUUAUGCCGCGCAGUCAUCUGGAGGGGUGGUGCUCAGUCCGCAGCCGGUAAAAGGCAGCGCGACCACGAGUGUUCUGCGCAGUUUGAGUGGUAGCCGGGCAUCGUCAGCAACCACGGCAGUCCCGGCGCCGGCCUACCAAGGUUCGGUCACCAAUUGGGAGAGCGGCGAAGGAGUAUCGCUCAGAGAGACGCCGGCAUUGCUGUCAAACGAGCAGAGCGAUGUGUUGGACACGUAA